AACUUUAGUCCCGCCAUUUGGAUCAGACUGGGGUUUACUAUCGGCCUAUAAUCAGAAAACUGAUUGGAGAAAUGAUGUGGAGUCGAAACUGCCAUACCAUCUGUGCUGAUAUGUUACAUGAUAAUUACGAGAAUUCCUCCAUAAAAAACGAAAGUGUUUGGACAUGUGUGAGAAGUAAAAGUGGGGGGAAAAGUGGAGAAUGGGCGGAGCUUUGCGCAACGGGCGGGGGCUGUAUCGAUUUAAAUUUGGUUUAACCGGUGCACGACAACGAGAAAUUACUUUGAAGUAACUAGUGUAGCACGAGGGGGAGAAAUUGAUGAGACAUUAGUGCGUGUCAUUCCGUCGUGGAAUGUUCAUCCUCGAGAAUUCUACCUCAGAAUUCAGUGAGAGUAUUUGAAAGGUUAUGCCAAGUUAAAGAGAAUUCCAGAGUUGUGAUAUCAUGUCGAGGAAGACUCCAGCAGAGGACAUCAUUAAGGGACCCACGAGUGUCCAGAGCGUCAUACCGAGAACCAGACAAAAUUUGCUCAAAUGGAAUGGUUGGGGCUACAAAGACUCAGAAUUCCGAGUGAACGAGAAAAUGAUUAUCGAAUUUACUGGAUCUAGAUACCCCAUUGGCAACUUGCAACUGCCGUAUUUUACUCAGUGGGUGAAAGAUAUCUUUGGAGUUGAUUUGGGGGACAGACGUCCACCACAGCCUCUACCAGAUACAUUUCCGGAGGCUAAUGUCUCCCGAGAAUUUCUGCAGGCUAUCGAAGGACUCAAGAUCACCCAUUCACUGGAUGGGAUGGACAGACUUUUCAGAGCACAUGGACACACCUUAAGGGAAAUUUAUCAGUUGAAACGAGGACACAUCGAACGACUACCUGACAUCGUCCUCUGGCCUAAAUGUCAUGACGAUGUCGAGAAUAUCGUGAGGAUAUGCGUGAAAUAUGGAGCUGCCUGCAUACCUAUUGGAGGAGGAACUAGUGUCAGCAGAGCAGCUAGUUGUCCCAAGAACGAGAGAAGAACCAUUGUAUCCCUUGAUACUUCCCAGAUGAAUCGAAUACUGUGGAUCGAUCAAGAGAAUCUUGUUGCUUGCUGCGAGACUGGUAUAAUUGGUCAGGACCUCGAGAGGGAGCUCAGGCUCAAGGGCUUCACAACAGGCCAUGAACCCGAUUCCUAUGAAUUCUCCAGUCUGGGGGGUUGGGUGGCAACACGAGCCAGUGGUAUGAAAAAAAAUACCUACGGCAACAUCGAGGACUUGUUGAUUCGAGUCAAGAUGGUAACAGGUCGUACAGAGGACAGUUCCCUGAUCCUAGAACGUAGUGCUCAAGUGCCGCGACUCUCAAGUGGUCCAGACUUUGAUCAAACAAUUCUGGGAUCUGAGGGAACCCUUGGAGUCAUCACAGAAGUCACCCUGAAGAUCCGUCCACUGCCGAAGAUCGUGAAAUAUGGAUCAGUGAUUUUUCCAGACUUUCAGGCUGGGGUUUCAGCGAUGCGGGAGGUGGCAAGACAGAGGUGUCAACCAGCGAGCAUACGAUUGAUGGACAAUGAACAAUUUCAAUUCGGUCAGGCCCUGCGUCCUCAACACGGUUUCAGUGAUAAAAUAAUGCAGACUCUCAAGCAGGCGUACGUCACGAAAAUAAAGGGAUUCAAUUGGGGGACAGUCUGUGUGGCAACUCUGCUGUUCGAGGGCCAUGAUCACCAGGAGGUGGCCAACCAGGAAAAGAAGAUUUACUCAAUAGCCAAAGAAUUUGGUGGUCUUGCAGCUGGUGAUACUAAUGGCGAACGUGGAUACAUCCUGACGUUUGUUAUCGCUUACAUCAGAGAUUUUGGACUGGAGUUUGGGGUUUUUUCCGAGUCCUUUGAGACUUCUGUUCCCUGGUCGCGAGCCCUCUCACUCUGCCGGAAUGUCAAAGCCAGAGUUGCCAAGGACUGCAAGGAAAUGGCCAUCAACCACUAUUUAAUUUCCUGCCGUGUCACGCAGACCUACGACGCUGGCUGCUGCAUCUAUUUUUACUUGGGAUUUACCUACCUGGGGAGGGAUAACCCUGUGGAGACCUACGAGAAGAUCGAGGAGAAUGCCAGAGAGGAAAUUAUCGCGAGCGGGGGCUCCAUUUCUCAUCAUCAUGGCGUGGGGAAAAUGAGAGCCCGGUUUUAUCCUGAUGCUGUGGGAGACACUGGGGUCCAGCUGUACAGGGCUACAAAAGCUUUCUUAGAUCCGCACAAUAUCUUUGCUGCAGGCAAUCUCGACCCCAGGGCCAAAUUGUAAGGGGGGACGACUUGGUGGACAGGCUCUUCAAAAAUUCUUAAUAUUUUACGAUGCGACUGUAGCACGAGGAAUGCCUGUGGAAUCUAUGGGAGGUCUGAAAAAGAUUUCUACGAAAAUUUUUAUAUCUCACAUGGAUUCGGAGAUAUUUAUCAAUUAACUCUGUUUUUUAACUCCGUUAGAAAAUCGAGUUGUUAUCUCAUGGGUAUUUUUUUUUUUUUUCGUUCUAUAGAGUUUUUUAACUCGAUUGAAUUUUUAAAAUCCAACCACAAAAAUAAACUCCGACGAAGAUGUAUUUAUUUAUUUAGUUUAUCGGAUGAUUUGAAUUUUUAAUGUAUUGAUUAAAUAAUUAAUCAAUUGUAUUGGUAUUCAAAAUUUCGAAUUCUUCUGUAUUUGAAUUAACUCUUAAAAAUGACGCGAGUCCACAAAAAAUUAUUAAAAACUCGGUUCUCUUCUAAAGUAAUCUCCCGCUAUCCACGAGACAUAAAUUAAUUUUUUACAUAAAAAAAAAAGUGGAAUUAAUUAUUGGCUCAGGAAUUUGAAAGAUAAAUUAAAUAAUUCACCAUCGAAGACUUCCUGGUGUUGAUAAAAAAUCUGUUAAACUUUACUACGGUGACAGUUACCAGGAGGUUUCAAUUUUUUAGAUAUGGGAAUUGGAUUUCUUCACUGAGAAAACUCAGUGUAGAAUUUCCGAGGAAUAUGUUAAAAAAAAAAAAAUCGAAAACUCCGUUCAGGUACAAAUACGGAAAUGUAUUGAUGAUGUCCUUGUUUUUUUUUUUAUAAGUUAUUAUAAAUAAAGAAACAAAAAAAAA